AUGUUAGGGGACAACGCCCCCUCGUUCGUCGCCUCCGUGCUCGCCUCAGAGGAGGCAAUGGUACCCGUCUAUCGGCAAUCGACCAAGUUAAACAAACCCGGAGACGCAUACCAUAAUGAAGAAGACGCUCUCACCGUUCUCGCGUCCUUCAAGAACGCAAUUCCUCAUCUGACCCCACCUUGCGCGGCGAAUGCCGGAAUGUGGCAUGACGACUUGCACGGACGCAACAUUCUUGUCGACCCGGACACGCAGACCGUCACUGCCGUUCUUGACUGGUCAGGUGCAACUUCCGUCCCUCAAUACUAUAUCGCCGCUUGCCCCCCUUCGGUCUUUGAUCUCUACCCAGAAAACGACAACAGGGGAGAUGAGGUCAAGGAGAGCGGAUGUGCAGGGGUCAAGGGGCAUGACGUCAGCGAUGUGCUCUCGAGCUCGUCACAUCCCGAUGACGGGCCCCGCUCUCUGUCAGAUAUCUCAGAUGGACAGGAAUCGACUUCUUUGGCCGGUGCAGAUCACGCCUCGGGCUUCAGAGCAUACUUUUCGCUGCUCCCCGCCGACUCUCCUCUUCGUGAGAUCCUGACCGAUCCCGCCCUGCUCUUCCUGCUCCGCCCAAACCCACUGAGGCUCGUUAACGGCCCCAAGGGCCACAACUUAACCCACCUCCGCCGGUGUUGGUUGCUCUGCAUGGACCAUAUCUCAACCUGCCAGCCUACUGACGAGGCUUACCACAUACCUUUGGAUGAACUUCAGCGUCAUAUCGGGUUGAUACAGGCAGCCAUGGACCGAGCGCAAGGCAUCCUGGACAAACUAUGCCUUGACAAUACCGGGCUCUGUGACGAUGACAAAGAGCUAGCGGAAAAGUGGGAGGAGGCACUAGUUCUGCUACGGGCUGAGCUUGGUGAGGAUCCGAGUGACGAGACGUUGAGGCAGCCGGGCAUUUGGAAAUGA